UAAUCCAUUAUAAUCACUCACUUUCCACAAGCACCUCUCUCUAAUCCCACCCCUUAAUUAUCGUUCUCUCUCUCUUUCUCUCUCUAUGCAGUUUCUGUGUUUGCCAUUCCUUCUCCAUCGCCGGAACACUUCUCCGAUCGAUCUAACCAUCAAUUUUACGGCAUUCACAUCGGUGAUUUUACUUCAAUGAUUCCUCACUCGGAUCCGUAGCUUUCACAAUCUGCGAACCGUUUUCCUUCGCCAUUAUCGUUUCUCGCUUUCAGAUCCGAAUCCCGACGCCAAAAUCGGGGGAUAACGAACUAACCGUUGAUACAUGGAUUAGCAUCACCUCGAUGAAAACCUUUCCCUCACGCAGCCACACGUUUUCCUCGUGCACAACCUCCCCUUCAGCACUACGCACCACUUCCUCAUCAUCGUCAUCAUUCAUUCCUAGGGUUAGGGUUUCCGUCGUGCGACAGCAAAAUGUUCAAGAAAAUCAUGAAAGGCGGGCACAAGAAGCCCUCCAAGUCCGACGCAAGCGAUCCCGGGUCUGCGGCGUUCGUCGCUGCCAACCGCAACUUGCCAGCGUUGCCCUCGCCCAAUGUCGUCGUGAACCACGCCUCACGCGGAACUGGAGGUGCGGCGCCUCCUAGCUCCGGCACCGCGAUGCCGCUUGUGCCCACCCCCGGGGCCAUGGAGCCUUUGCCGCCGUUCCGCGAUAUGCCGGUCGCUGACCGCCAGAACCUCUUCCUCCGCAAGCUCCACAUCUGCUGCUACGUCCUGGACUUCUCCGACACGCUGAAGAACGUUAGAGAGAAGGAAAUCAAGCGCCAAGCGCUGAUGGACCUCGUCGACUUCAUCCAAUCCGGCUCCGGCAAGAUGUCGGAGCAUUGCCAGGAGGAGAUGAUCAGAAUGAUCUCAGUCAACAUUUUCCGGUGCCUUCCUCCGGCGUCUCACGAGAACACCGGCCAGGAACCCACCGAUCCUGAAGAGGAGGAACCAAGCAUGGAUCCGACCUGGCCUCACCUUCAGCUCGUCUACGAGCUUCUCCUCAGAUACGUGGUUUCCUCUGAUACCGAUACGAAAAUCGCAAAACGGUAUAUUGACCACUCCUUUGUUCUCAAAUUGCUUGAUUUGUUUGACACUGAGGACCCGCGGGAGAGGGAGUAUUUGAAAACCAUACUGCAUCGUAUAUACGGGAAAUUCAUGGUGCAUAGACCGUUUAUUAGAAAGGCUAUUAACAACAUUUUUUAUCGGUUCAUAUAUGAGACUGAGCGGCACUCUGGUAUUGGAGAGCUUCUGGAGAUUCUUGGGAGCAUUAUUAAUGGGUUUGCGCUGCCCAUGAAGGAGGAGCACAAGUUGUUUCUGGUGAGGGCUCUUUUGCCUCUGCAUAAACCGAAAUCUGUGUCCAUGUACCACCAGCAGUUGUCUUACUGCAUUACUCAGUUUGUGGAGAAGGAUUUCAAGCUGGCAGAUACGGUGAUUAGGGGGUUGUUGAAGUAUUGGCCUCUUACCAAUUGCCAGAAGGAGGUUCUCUACCUUGGAGAACUGGAGGAAGUGCUGGAGGUCACACAGGCUGCGGAGUUUCAAAAAUGUAUGGUUCCGCUUUUUAGACAGAUUUCACGCUGCCUCAAUAGCUCUCACUUUCAGGUUGCAGAACGAGCCCUGUUUUUGUGGAACAAUGAGCAUAUCGUGAGCUUAAUUGCCCAAAACAGGACGGUGGUACUACCAAUAAUAUUUGAAGCAUUUGAGAAAAACAUCUCGAGUCAUUGGAAUCAAGCAGUACAUGGACUGACGGUGAAUGUUCGCAAAAUGUUCCUGGAAAUGGAUGCAGAAUUGUUUGAGGAGUGCCAGCGGCAGCACGCAGAGAAAGAGGCUAAAGCCAAAGAUGUAGAAGAGCAGCGGGAACUUAAUUGGAAGAGACUGGAAGAUGCGGCUGCACAGAAUGGAUUUGAGGAUAUGGUCUUAACUUAGCCUUGUUACCACAACUGCUCUCAUCCAUUUUGGUGCCAUUAUUUAUUGGUUUCUUUCUUUUCCACCUAAUUUUUUCUCCUCUUCUAUCUUAUUAUAUAUCACUUGGAUAAUUAGCAAUUUUAAGAAAUCAGUGAUUAAUGUAACUUAUUCGAAGUUGUUAGCAA